AUUACAAUAAAUUCAAGAAUGGAAGAUAAGAUCAAAAGCUCGCUCAACAGGCUUUCAAAGGCAGAUCUGGUGACUUUGCCGGAAUUCAAAGCUGCUCAAGCUGGUUCAAAGAGAGAUACUUUCAUAAAGAAAGAAAAAUUGAAGAAGCAUCCAACGCUUUCAAGAUUUAACCAAGGUAUUGAAAGUCGUAAUUUUUAUCUAAAAGUUGAUAAAAAUGACUGCUUAGCCUUAGCUUGAGCAAAUCUUUUGUUUCAUGUAAUCCUCACACAUCUUAGGAAAAAGUGAGGCCAAAAAAAUUUCUGUUACAAAUAUUCAGACAUUUGGGUCAUCCAAAACUGUUGGAGGAAAAAGGAGUCUUCUCCCUCUCUCUGCAGGCAGAAACUCCCUGCAUUUCGUAGAAAGAAGAAUAGAAAUGCGCAAAGCAUGACAAGCUUUCAUAACAGCAAAGUGAUGUUAAACCAAAAGAGCAGGAAGGAACACACACAUGAGAAAUCUCAUGUACCUACUGCUAGGGAGUCUCUUCCUGCUCUAAGUGGUGUCUUCUCCACUAGAGCUGAAAGGGGUCCUAUUAGACUCUCCCUCAAAUAAAUUCGGAAAUUAUCCUAUCAGAGAUGAGACUAUUAAUUUAGUAGAAUACAUAGAAGAUGGCGAUAGACUAGAUAAGUCUCAGAAUGAUACGCUAGCUUCUAAAGUAAGAUCCAAGAAGAAGAGAAAAGCUAAUUCUAUUGCUACUCCAAGGAUAUCUCAGAUAUCCCAAAUUCCAAAUAGCCAAGAAAAUGGAGUUUCGAAGUACAAACCUGAAAAUGAUUGGCAUCUCAGGUUGAUGGAACAAAAUUUUGGCUGUCAUAACAGGUUUCACAUUGAGUGCACAUCUCAACAGAAGGCGACCAAUUUUCAACUAGAACAAAAUAAGGUUAUAAGAGAUGCCAAAUUAGAGAAUACUCGUGCCAAAAGAGAAACAAGAAUGCUCAAAUGUAAAGUUUCAAAAAUAAUGAAGGACAAGAUUCCUGAGCUGUAUCAAGAGUUGAAGUUGAAGAAGACUAAGAAAAAGCCUAAUCCAAUGUUCUUCCAGGUUGUUAAGAGCAGGUACAAGGAUAGGACUCCUCCAAAAAGACACAAGCUUAAGAUCACUGACGAUAUACGGAAAGAUGAGCUCAGGAAACACUUAAAUGAUGAAGAGUACAAACUGGUAACCGAAACCCACCCAAAAUACUAUCUUGUCACAGGAGAAAUGAUUGAAAAAUAACCAUCGUAAUGACAAGGUACAAAAGAAAUUAACUAAGAAAGCUAAGAAGCAGCAGCACAAGCACUAUAAUGACGAAAUUCUCCGAUUCUAUGAGGGUCUAAACUUGCAGCCGUCUCAUAACAAGCUAAGUAACGCCUCCAACUCAAAGCAAGCUGCCCUUCAGAUUUAUGAGACCAUGAACUCUGAUGAAUUCAAAUUUGAGAAAAAGCAGUUGCUCUCUGAUAUUUUAAAUAAAUCAGAAGAUGAGCAUGACAGAUUAGUUGGCAACAGUAUUUUGAGAAAAUACAACCACAAAGAACAGCCAUCCAUUACAAUGGAUGGACAGAGAUCUUUUGAGUCAAGCAUUUUGAUUGGGAAUGCAUCAUUUGGGAAAGAAACUAAAUAA